AUCCCAAAAUUCCCCCUUCACUCCCAGCAAAAUCCCCAUUCCCUCCUAAUUAAUAACUUAGAACAAAAAAAAAUCCUAUCACUUCGUCACAUCCCCCAUUCUCACCGUUUUCCUUCGAGCCAGCCCCCACCUUCGUCGAGCUCCUCCCAACCCCUCCAUCGUACAUCGUUUCCCUUCCUCCCAUCCUCUACCAUUGUCGUUCACCUUCCUCCCAGCCCCUACUUCAUCACAGCCCCCAAGAUCGACGAAGGCAGAAACCCUAGCAUCGCCGAGCUCCUCUGUCGCGUCUCACCGCAAGCUUCCUGUCACCGCGAGGAAGAAGAGUAGGGCGUCGCGCUCCUUCGCUAUCCAGCCACCGUCGAACUUCGAAGAGAGAGAGAAAAUGCAUGAAGAUGAGAGAGAGAGAGGGGUCAAAAGCUGAGUUGGUGUCUGUCAUCGCCUCCACUGCCUUCACCGCCGCUGUUACCACCAUAGCACAAGAGAAUCCACCACAGCAAGGAAAGGAACGUGUUUCGUAUUCCACUGAUGAGCAAAGUUUGAGGGAGGUUUUUGGGAAAUAUGGUGAUGUUGUUGAUGAUCCAGAGGAUUUGGGUUUAUUACUUACAGUUCGGUUGAGGAGGUGUGAAGUGCCAUUCAAGCCUUAGAUGGGCAGGUAUGCAGAUUUGCUGCUUCUAUGGUGUUAGUAAUCAUGUCAAUUGAUACAUUUCUGGAGCUACAUAGUUUCAUGUUUAAAUUUGUUGAAGUAUGGAUGCUAUACUUGUCAAGAAAGUUUUGUGUAAUUAUAUGUAGGUAAUUUUUUUAAACAUUAUUUUUUGAAUUUGUGCCAUAGAUAUUUCAUGUGAUCUUCAAUUAAAUGUGUCAGUUUCAGGAAUGUAGAACACUUCUACUUCUUGUGUUUUAUGUGUAAAUUUCUCAACUUAUCUUUGAUCCUAGCAAGACAUCUUCUUCCAGAUUUGAAUUUAAAGAAUUCUUAGGUUUCUAGUGCUCUAUUUCAUAACCCCUCUGCUAAAACUCUAGGUGGGGCGUUUACAUGAUUCACCUUUUAAGCAUGUAUCAAUUAGCAGCAGUACAAAGCUGGUGGGGGAAGAAGCUUCAGUUUUUGUUGCUUAGUUACUUUUGGUGUUUUGACGUUGGUCAACUUGAGGGUUUUUUUAUUGGGUCCUAAGUAUUUGAUUGAAAAUUUAUCAGGGGCUAAUUUGGCGUUAAAAAAAAAGACAAGCAGGUAUUCAAACAUCUUGCGUCAAUGAAGGGUCUAGGAAAGUAUAUCAAAGGCAAAUUGAUUUAGCUAUAAAUAUAUUUAAA